AUGCUAUUUAUAAGUCUAGGGGAUUACACUACAGAACUCGUGCAUCAGACCGCCGUUCGAUGUGUGACUGUCGCGGGGACUGUCGUUCUCAUCUAUGAUACAUUGCUUCUACUCCCCGACGAAAUAUGUCUAGUAUGGUCCACUUUGACAUGGCGUAGGGUAUCUUGGGAGGACUCAUCGGGGAUGAAGCUGCUCUACCUCACCGCUCGCUAUCUAAUGAUUGCAGUAUCCAUAGUAGCAUUGAUGACUAAACUCGUGCUUCUUCCAACUCAGUACCGAAUGGGGGUCGUGUUUUAUCGUCUGUACAAGUUAUGGGAGUUUGGAGAUAUGGGGAAAUGGAUUCUUGGCACCGUGUUCAUAAUUGGGAAAGCCGUUGUUUGGAUAUUCACUUUUGUGAAUAUGGCUCGCAUUGACAAGACUAUAUUCUAUCUGGAUUUUGGUAUCUAUUCGUCAUGCGCUACUUUGCUUACGCCGCGUCUGGUGCUCGGUGUCUGGAUACCUGACGCUCUGCUUGAUAUCGCGCUUGUUGUCUUCUUCUUUCUUAAUGCUCUUUCCCGUCCACGGCUGAAGUCACAGGGUCUCAUUGGAAUUAUUUGCAAAGACGGAAUUCAAUUUUUUCUGGUACAAUUUACCAAUAUUGUUGGCAUGAGAUCCAUCUCUGAUUCGAUUCCAUUUACAACAGCAAUGAGGAUGAUAAAUGUAUUCUUUACAGCGCUUGCACCGGUUUCUUUGUUUUUCCUCGGGACAAUAUUCUCUGGUACGAUGGUUACAACUGUUGCAUCCCGAGUGUUCCUCGGCCUGUUCAGUGCUGCUCAAGGGUAUUCGCAAAAAUACAGUAGAAUCUCCUGA